AUGCUCAGCCCAGCCGUCGCCUGGAUUGGCGCAAUCUACGCAGGCUUCGUGAUCCUGCGUUUCCUCGCACAGCUCCACCACGACUAUAAACAAUCCAAGGCCCUAAACUGCGAACCUCCCCCAAAUGGACACUCUGCCUUUUUCGGGAUUCCAGCCUUCCUGCGACUCAGCAAGGCUGUGCGCGAAAAGCGCUGGAUCGACUAUCUCACCGACCAGUUCGCAGUGCAUGGCGCCUACACUUUCCGUCAGCAAUUUCUAACGCGCACACUGACGACGACUAUCGAGCCCGAGAACAUCAAAGCCGUGCUAGCAACUCAAUUUAAAGAUUUCUGUCUCGGCACUCGACACCAGCAAUUCGAUCCCCUGUUGGGAGAUGGGAUCUUUACGCUUGAUGGCGCGGGGUGGUCGCAUGCGCGGGGACUAUUGCGUCCACAGUUUACCAGGGAUCAAGUCGCCGAUCUGUCCAUGCUGGACGAUCAUAUCUCGCAUUUAAUCGAUUUAAUUCCGAAAGACAGGAGCAGCUUUGAUAUUCAGCGCUUGUUCUUCCUAUUGACCCUAGAUUCUGCGACGCAUUUCCUUUUCGGUGAAUCGGUGGGAUGCAUGCUUCCGCCCUCUGAGGCAUCAGGCGUUCUAGAAAAGUCCGCGGUAGGGAGCGCACAGGGAUUCGCUGAGGCUUUCGGAACUGCACAGGAUUAUCUUGCCUCCCGAUCGCGAGCGCAGGGCUUAUACUGGCUUAUCAAUCCGAAGGAGUUCCGCGAGGCGAACCGGAAGGUUCAUGAGGUCGUCGAUCAUUAUGUCAAUGUUGCACUAGAGUCGAAGCGCAAUCCCGACAAAAAGAAUGUCGACGGUCGGUAUAUCUUCCUGGAGGCUUUGGCUGCGGAGACCGAUGAUCCGAAGAUGUUGCGUGAUAAUAUGUUGAAUAUUCUUCUUGCUGGUCGGGACACGACUGCUUCUUUGUUGAGCUCUACUUUCUUUUACCUUGCGCGUCAUCCUAAUGUUUGGAACCGGUUGCGUCGGGAGAUAAUUGAGAACUUUGGUGAUGGGAAGAGUUCCAAGGUUGAGAUGACUCAGACCAAGCUGAAGGACAUCCCUUAUUUGCGAUAUGUCCUCAAUGAAGUUCUUCGUCUUCAACCGCCCGUCCCGGUGAACUUUCGUGUUGCGACAAAGGAUACCUCAAUCCCAGUUGGUGGCGGGCCAGACCGUCGAUCCCCUGUGUUUAUCAAAAAGGGUGGAAUGGUCGCCUACAAUGUCUUUGCCAUGCACCGCCGGACCGAUCUGUGGGGCAAAGAUGCCACAUCAUUCCGACCAGAGCGCUGGGAGGAGAAUGCUAAGCAUGGCUGGGAGUAUCUUCCAUUCAAUGGUGGACCACGAAUUUGUCUGGGUCAACAAUAUGCUCUUACGGAGGCAAGCUAUACAGUUGUACGUCUGAUGCAGCACUUUGAUACACUUGAAAAUGCGGAUCCCCAUCCUCGGACAGAACCUAUCAAGUUGUCAAAUCUUACUAUGAUGCACGAUUUAGGCGUGCCUAUUCGGUUGUAUUCUUCGGAGCGAAUUUGA